AUGAAAACAAAUAAAAUACUUUUAUCUUUAUUCGUUUUCUGUGUUUGUGUGUUGUCAUUGACAAACAAUGUAGUGAAUGCAUACAAUCAAAACAAUAAAAACAACAAUUGUUUGUUGGAAGCUGAUUCUGGAAAGGCUUAUGAUAUUUCUAAAAUAAAAUCAGCUUUUUCAAAUGUCUUCAAAUAUGAAACUGAAGAAGCCAUUUUCGACUACAAUCUCUGCUCUCCAGUAAAUAUUAAUUAUGGUGAAUGCAAUGUCGACACUGCAUCCUGUAGAUUUGAUAAGAAAUCUCAAACCUUUACUAGCUAUGGUAGCUCCAGUUCAUUAAGUUUUAUGGAAUUAAGUUCUGGUGUUUGGUUAAAGUAUAGAAAUGGUUCACCGUGCAAUCAAUGGACCAAGAGAUCUACUUCUAUCAAUAUUAUUUGUUCAACUGAUCCAAAUCCACAUGCUACUCAGUACAAAGAUGACCAAUGCCAUCUCUCAAUUAUAAUGUAUCAUAUUGCUGGUUGUCCAAUUGGAAGACACAACAGAACUACUACUGGUCAUAUUAACACUACCUCUACUACUGGAGGAUGGAAUACAUCAUCCACAACUGGAGGACACUCAACUGGUAACUGGACUACUGGUGGAUGGAAUACAUCAUCUACAACUGGAGGACACUCAACUGGAAAUUGGUCUACCACUGGAGGACAUUCAACUGGAAAUUGGUCUACCACUGGAGGACAUUCAACUGGUAACUGGACUACUGGAGGAUGGAAUACAUCAUCUACAACUGGAGGACACUCAACUGGAAAUUGGUCUACAACUGGAGGACAUUCAACUGGACAUUCAACUGGAAAUUGGUCUACCACUGGAGGACAUUCAACUGGUAACUGGUCUACCACUGGAGGACACUCAACUGGUAACUGGACUACCACCGGAGGACAUUCAACUGGAAAUUGGUCUACAACUGGAGGACAUUCAACUGGUAACUGGACUACUGGAGGAUGGAAUACAUCAUCUACCACUGGAGGACAUUCAACUGGAAAUUGGUCUACAACUGGAGGACAUUCAACUGGUAACUGGACUACUGGUGGAUGGAAUACAUCAUCAACUACUGGAGGACAUUCAACUGGUAACUGGACUACCACUGGAGGACAUUCAACUGGUAACUGGUCUACCACUGGAGGACACUCAACUGGAAAUUGGUCUACCACUGGAGGACAUUCAACUGGUAACUGGACUACCACUGGAGGACACUCAACUGGUAACUGGACUACAACUGGAGGACAUUCAACUGGUAACUGGACUACCACUGGAGGACAUUCAACUGGUAACUGGACUACUGGUGGAUGGAAUACAUCAUCUACCACUGGAGGACAUUCAACUGGAAAUUGGUCUACAACUGGAGGACAUUCAACUGGAAACUGGACUACCACUGGAGGACAUUCAACUGGUAACUGGACUACCACUGGAGGACAUUCAACUGGUAACUGGACUACCACUGGAGGACAUUCAACUGGAAACUGGUCUACCACUGGAGGACACUCAACUGGAAAUUGGUCUACCACUGGAGGACAUUCAACUGGUAACUGGACUACCACUGGAGGACACUCAACUGGAAACUGGACUACCACUGGAGGACAUUCAACUGGUAACUGGACUACCACUGGAGGACAUUCAACUGGAAACUGGACUACCACUGGAGGACACUCAACUGGUAACUGGUCUACAACUGGAGGACAUUCAACUGGUAACUGGUCUACCACUGGAGGACACUCAACUGGUAACUGGACUACCACUGGAGGACAUUCAACUGGUAACUGGACUACAACUGGAGGACACUCAACUGGUAACUGGACUACCACUGGAGGUACAAUUUCUGGAGGUUCAAUUAGCGGUGGAACAAUUAGCGGUGGAACAAUCAGCGGUGGAACAAUUACUGGAGGUACAAUUAGUGGUGGAACAAUCAGCGGAGCAACAAUUACUGGAGGUACAAUUAGUGGUGGAACCAUAAGCGGACCAACCAUCACAGGAAAUAUUCACAAAGGUGAGCCAUCCCCAAGCAAAGCUCAUAUGUCCGAUAUCACCGACCUCAACAAUCAAAAACAAAAAAAAUAA